GGCCAGGCCCUCCGCUGGCCUCGCGCGCGCCCUGUCCGCUGCCGUUGUCUCGCUCUCGCUGCUGUCCCCUUCUUCAAUUCAAUCUCGAUCUCUACCUCCGAUUUGUGAGCAUUCCUUCCGUCUCCAGCAGCACCUGCAGACUCAAUCCGUUUCGCAGUCCGAUCCCGAAUUUCGUCGACUUUCACCAUGGCCGCCGUCGCUGCGUCUGCCUCAUGCCUCACCGUGGCCAACUGCCUCGUGCAAAAGAGCCUCGUCGCCUCGUCCAGCCGCGUCGCUGCGCCCGUCAAUGGGCUGCCAGCUUUGAGGAUGUCACGAUUGGUCUGCUCUGCUGAGAAGAAGGAGGAGGUACACAGCGCCAAGAUCGCUGCCUCCGCUGCAUCUUUCGCUGCCUUCGCUGCCGCUAACCCCGGAGCUGCGUUCGCUUUGGUCGACGAGAGACUGUCCACUGAGGGAACUGGUUUGGGUUUGGGAUUGAGCAACCCUAAGCUCGGAUGGAUCUUGAUCGGAGUCACUGCCUUGGUCUGGUCUCUGUACUUUGUCUACGCUUCCGGACUCCCAGAGGGUGACGACAACAGCGGUCUCGACCUAUAGAUGAGGAAAAGAUCAAUCCCACUGCGGGAUCUUUGAACUUUCCUUCAAUGAGAAUCAAUUUACCAUUUCUCUAAUGUAAAGUAGGUAGCAGUAGUUCACGUUGUACACUGGUGCUGUGUAUCUGUGAUUAAUUCGGUGACAUCUUGUAAACUCUCGCUGUUGGUAUGACGAAGUGCCCAAAAAUUUUAUUGCAUUGAAUCGGUUUCAUUGUUCGCUCA